AUGUCUGAGCAGCAUGAGCAUCCUCCUCCACCACCAAUAAAAGCACCACCAGAGCUUAUUGCAGAUAUUAGAGAAUUGAUCCAAAGUCUGCAAAAUCCAGACCUAACACUGUCUUCAUUUCUGCGCAGUCCAGAGCUCCAAGCUCUAUGCCAGAGAUAUGAUGUUAAUCAUAUUACUGAUCUUCAUCAAAGCUUUGUGAAUAUGGAUCGCUUUGCUCUUAUUAUUCAAAAAGCAAAGCUUAUUCUAUACCCAGAAGGACAGGGCCUUAUGGGCUUACAGUGGAUGAGAAACCGAAGGCCAGAAAUAAAAGACUAUGUUCGAGAGGUCUUUCAAGAUGGGGAUACUAUUAUAAUAAUAUGUGCCCUGGACUCACAACUCCAUCUUCUUCAAUCUGUCUCUUCAUUUGAGAUAGAUAUGGGAUGGAAGCGACUACGUUCAAAUAACCUUAAAGAGGUUGUAUUUGCGAUCAUGUCACGAGAUCAUGGAAAGAUUAUUACUUUACUUCGUGUUUUAUCAAUCGUCAAGAUGCUGAAGGGACAGCCUUUAAGAUUUAAAUAUCUUCAUGGCUCAGGAAUUCGGAGUAUUAUUGCUGAUAUGGACAGAGGACAAAUGGAAGGACUUGGCUAUUUUCUGCAAACCCUUUCUAAUGGUAAUGAAGAUUGGCAGUGGCAUGUUAAGCAUGUUAUGAUCUUCUGUCGUAUUCACUUUCUACGUGGAGUUGAAGAGGUUGUUGGAAAAUGUCAACAGCAUACAGAGCUUUUCAAGCGAAUGAUGGCUUUACUAGACUGUAAGAGUGAGGAGGAUUAUAUUGAGCUGGUCCAGCAUCUACUACAUACUGCUGAUCCUGAAUCAAAACACGAGGGUUGGGCUCUUCAUAAAGCUGACCCAGUUAUAGCUGCAGGACUUAAUAAAUCCCGCUCUCGCAUGGAUUCUGAAGACUUUGAUGAAGCUACAGCUCAUACUAAUGCAGCAGAGCAAACUCAUGAGAAGGGGCUAGCAAUGGGAAGAGCUUUAAGUAUUGUGAAGGCGGUACAAACUGGCUAUCACCUUGAUAAGCGAGACAUGGCACAAUAUGAUACUCGAGAUCUCUAUAGAAUUCGGCAUUCUUAUUCUAAGCGAAGUGGGUCCGACCUAUUCGCAGAGAGUUUAAGAAGAGGUCAGCGUAAACAGUCUCAUCUUCAGGGUCUCCUCGUCCAGAAAAUUAUUCGAGCUCUCAAGGCAGAAGAUCACCACGUGGACGAGGGCGCAGACAACAGCCCCGAAACAGGCAAUCAAGAAAUUCAAGUCCUUAUAGUAGUACUAGUACUUCUUCAUCUCUUCAUCAGCGAGCAAUGCUUAAUAGUGCCGAAAUAUCUCGUCAGCAACAACAAGCAGAUUUACUUUUGCUACAGCAACGAGCCCAGCUAG